UUCUUUCAACAAUUCAAUGUUAUGAAUUAAUUCUGGUGUUGACAAAAUAAUCAUGAAGACUAUUGUCAUCGGCUAUUUAAUCGAGUAUCAUGACCAUAUUAUUGGACAUUGUCACAGUAACAAGCCACAAACAAUUAUUUAAAGCUAUUUUUCACUAUUUACAAUCAAUGAAUUUAUUUGGAACCGGCAUAAGGCUCCUUUCUUAUUUUUUUUCUGGGCUAUAUACUGUACUUGAUGUCAUGGGCACCUGUGUCAGCUGCUCGAUUGUUGCUGCUACUAAUAACCAACUGGUCUAUAUAGGGAUAAAUUAAUAGCAUCCAGCUAGAGCCAACGUAAUUCUUUAUAUUGAUUGUGCAUUUGUUUGUUUUGUUUCUCGUGUUUGUUAUUGUCCAUCUGUUUACCUUGUACUGAGUCGAACCAUGUUCAUUAAAUAAUCAAAUAGAUAUUGGUGGAUUGAUUUCUAUGAUUAUUAUAUGUUUGAAUGCAAUAGUGGGCAAUCAUGAUGGCCAACAUAUCGUUACAAACGCAACAAAAUACCAAUCUGCAAUCGAUCAUGCAAGUUUCGAAUGGUACGGCAUCAUCAGGAUCGGUUGCCAACAAAGUACUCAUCGGUGGACAUUCUCAUCCGUUUACAUCACAUCAUCAUCACAACCAUCAUCAUCGUCAUACUUUGACAUUUCCAAAUCUGGAAACGUUAUUUGGAACAUCAACAUCAACGACUAAUGGAUCAUCCCAUUCGAUUUUAACGCCGACGACCAAUGCCACAAUAAUAAACGGAAACAAAAUUGUCGUACGGCCUGUCAUCAGUAAUCCAAAGUUAAACAAGAAUACCACAUUAGCUAGAAUUCAACAAAUAACCAAAUUUCCUGAUCAUCCUUCAACUGAAUCUAAUAACAAAGGUGUGUGCUCGACAAUCACUGGCGGCAAUGGAAAUUUGGUCCUAUAUUCUUCCAACAUAUGUAAUUCGACGAGAUCUUUGAUCAACAAUGUAAAUUAUGUCAUCAACAACAAUAGUUCAUCUGUCAAACAUGCAUUGGAACCAAUCGUUCUCAAACCGAAAGCGGAUGAACUAUUGACUACAAAUGAUCGAAUAAAAUCCAAAUCUUCAUCGAAUGCUACCUUGACUGAUACUGCAUCAAAGAUCUUGUGGAAGCGGGCCAAAUUUAACAAUAACACGUGUACACAGCCAUCCACGAAUGCAAAAUGUCAUAUUACGACCGUCAAAAUAGAGGAUCCCGAACAAAUACAAGUUUCAAUCAAUCCGAAAUCAAUGUUCUUCACUCAAUCAAAUGUACAAAAGAUGUCCGUUCCUCCUAUCCAUAAUAAACAGCUAACUAGUAGCAAUGUUAAAUCGACCAAUGAUCAAAUUAAUACCGACAAUGGUACACAGAAUCAACAAUCAACCAACAAGACCGCCACUCGAUUUGUUGGCAUCGUAAAUCGGCUUAAUUCAUACCACAACGAAACGCUACCAGAAAAUAUCUUCGAUACAGACGAUGAAGAUGAUGACGAUGAUCUAGACAUGAAUUUCGGGCCUUAUUAUCAUCACGAUUCUACCACCAUCGCUGGUGUUGAUAAUCUAACCACAUCGAGUGGUUCACAAUCUGAUCCUAUAAACACCAAUUCUAGCCAACAUUCAUCGAUUACCAGUCAGCCAUUAAACACUAUAAUUCAAUUGACCACACCGGAUUCACUACAGCCGACGAUAGCCACAAAAAUUACGUAUCCUAAACUAUCGAAUUUGUCGCUUGCUACCGAUCAUAAUGAUUCAACUACGAUUGGAUCAGUAAAUGUUACGAAUGGCAAAUGUAAUGAUACACCUGUUCACUUACUUGAUUCAUGCAAGGCAGCCAUUCCUGUUACUGGCACUAUUCAACCACAACAAUCCAAUCUGACUACGACUCUACCGUUCAUAUCAAAUAAAGUAACCGAAAAUGUGGUCAAGAAACAGCCUAUACUCGAUUCCUCUUUCAUUACCAACACCCAAAACCAAACAAAUUGUACCAUUCCUCAUACGGCUACAAUUAUUUUAGCAUCAUCAUCAACAGGACAGACGGAAUUGAAUUCAUUCGAUUCUUCUAAAACCACUUGUGAAAACAGUAAAUCCAAGACGAAAAAGUCAUCAAAACUCGUGAAAAGGUCGACCAUUCAUAAAGAUGGAACCACAGGUCAAUCGAGAAAAAAUGGCCAGAGAAAAAAACCAUCAGCGGUCAAAGCAACCAACCAACAGCAGCAACGUUUGCAGAUGUUGCAACGAAAACGACGACAAGUUUGGUUUCAAUUAUUACCCCAGAUCACGGCCAAAAAAGAUCGAAUUUCGGCUGCCAAAAUCGAAAGAAGACAACGUCUUCGAUUGUUAGCUUCCGAAUGCCAGAAACAAUAUAGCAAACAGAAAAAUACGACAUCCGUACAAGGACCACAUAAAUUGGAUUCUGUUUGCAAUACGGCCACCCAAUCAUUUUUGACUCAAAGUGAAGUCUUGUCAGUUGAUCAUAGCAAAAUACGUGAAACAACAAUGGCCAAAUUUGGUACAUCGAUAAUGGCUUGAUUGAGCUCCCUAAAAUAACUAGAAUCGAAUAGAUCUCCAAUGUCAGUUGCUGAUGGCACAGGAAAUCACCAUUAACAUGGUUUCAAGUAGCAGACAGAUUGUACGAUUUUUUAACGAUUAUAUCGAGCUUACGACUGCUAUCAACAAUACGACAUUUCUCUUUAUGGCUUAGCUUGUCUCGAUAAUCUUCAUCAUCAUCAUCAUCUUUCGGUUCUGUGGUCGUCAAUUCAUCACUUGCGAAUUUUUGCAUAUAUUCACAUUAUAAAUACAUGCGCAUAUUGAUUUCUUGUUUACUUUUCUAUACUAUAUUAUUGCAUUGAUAUCUCAUAAUAUAUUUGAUAAUAAAAUGAAGUCAUGUUUUUCUUAUCUAA